GACUUUCCAGGGUCUCCUGCUCUCUCGCAUCGUUUCAGCGUCACGGCGUUCGAAUCGACUACUCUCCAAUAGUAACGAGUAUCCAAGAAGGAAUAAAGGAAAUCAUUUAUCUGCCUUCCCAUGUCCUUUGCAAAGAAGCAGUCGGCAAAGAGCGCCGCCCCGACGAAGGAGUCUGUCAAGAACCCCGUCAUCUAUCACGGCUCCGUGCUGCUGCACAACCUGCCUACCAACUUCAACAAGGUGUACAACCACACCGUGCGUCGCCUGCUCCCACCCGCGCAGCACAAGAACAUUGCAAAGAACGUAAAUCUUGUGGAGGAGAUUGGAAACGCCACGAUGUGCGUCGAGGUGGCGAACAAAGCCACGGCGCACCUGCUGUACCGCCAGCUGCAGAACCGCAAGGUCUACGGCCGGCGGUGGAAGGUGCAGUACGUCCCGGUGAGCGCGUUAGAGUGCAGCCCGGAGGCGUGCCUGGUAGACUGCUUUCUCGUCCCGGCGGCGUCGCAGAUGUUGGCGGAGCGCGCGCUGAGUGGGAUCCCUGGGUUUCUGUCCUUUAUCGACACACCAGAUGAGCUCCUGCCUGCUGGUGGCGGUGCCGCGCCGUCGCCGAUUCGCGACGCGGACAACGACAGUGAAGCAGAGGAGGGCGACGCGAAGAACUUUUAUGAAGGCCAAACACGGCACAAGCUUUUGGUGUCCUUUGCGGAUGAGGGGAGUGCGCUGCACGCGCGUGCGGUGUUGUCGGGUCGUUUGGUGGGGACGACUGGGGUGCGCAUGUUCCUUGAGCGUCGCAGCACGGCAGGCUCUCACUGA